CGGGUGUAAAGAACCAAAAAAAAAAGAUCUUUUGCUUGUCUUCUGAACUUCAUGGGCAACACGCAGAGAACAAACAGACCUCCGCCGAGACCUAUCACUGUGAAAUAAUCACCACGAAAACGAAACUAAAAAUCAAUUUCCUCGUUUUCUGACUCUAAACUCUUCUUCUCGUUUCUGUUUCUUACCGAUUCCCAACUCUCCGGGACCAAAAAAAAAGAAGCUUUCUUUCUCCUUUUGGGCAUCUUUUUAAUCCCGGGAAAAACCCGUAACUUAUUUUCCUGGAAAGACCCAUACUUGCAUGCUCUAACGACUCCAAAAUGCAAUCAUCGCAUCGCCUUUUCUCCCGCCUCAUUCAUUCUCCAGGAAAGGGUUACAGCAGAGCAAGUGUCGGCGGCUCACUUCACUUAUUGUGGCAAUUCGAUGAGAAAAACGACGAAGCCGUAGAAACUCAUCGGAGUUUUAGCUCUCUUAUCCGUUCUAAUCCGCAGUUAAGAGGGUUUCUCUCCAGGAAAGGUGUUGGUGUGCGAUGUUCUGUUUCGCUCGAUAGAGAUACUCCUUUAAUUGAUUCGUAUUCCACUCGCCGGAAUUUCUUCACUCGGGCAAAACAAGUGAAGAGAAUUGAGAUCAGUGACCAACAUAGUCAAAGAGCUGUCACUACUGCACUAUGGUGCAACUUCCUUGUGUUUUCACUUAAGUUUGGAGUUUGGUGGACAAGUUCGAGCCAUGUCAUAAUGGCUGAAGUAGUUCACUCCGUUGCUGAUUUUGCUAACCAGGCACUUCUUGCUUAUGGACUCAGUAGCUCGAGGCGUGCACCCGAUGCACUUCAUCCCUAUGGCUACUCAAAGGAAAGAUUUGUAUGGUCUUUGAUAUCUGCCGUUGGCAUCUUUUGCCUUGGUUCUGGUGCUACCAUAGUUAAUGGAGUACAGAACUUGUGGACUUCUCAGCCACCUCCAAAUAUGGAAUAUGCUGCUUUGGUAAUUGGUGGCUCUUUUGUAAUUGAAGGUGCUUCACUUCUCGUUGCAAUUCAAGCCGUCAAAAAGGGAGCUGCACAAGAAGGCAUGACCGUAAGAGAUUAUAUAUGGCGUGGUCAUGAUCCUACUUCUGUUGCUGUUAUGACUGAGGAUGGCGCUGCAGUGACAGGUUUGGCAAUUGCUGCAGCAUCUCUUGUUGCUGUUAAGAUGACAGGGAAUCCCAUCUAUGAUCCUAUAGGAUCGAUUGUAGUUGGAAAUUUACUUGGAAUGGUGGCUAUAUUUCUCAUUCAACGGAACCGACAUGCCUUGAUUGGAAGAGCAAUGGAUGAUCAAGACAUGCGUAAAGUUCUUCAGUUUUUGAAGAACGACUCGGUUGUAGAUGCUUUAUAUGAUUGCAAAAGUGAAGUGAUUGGUCCUGGAUCCUUCAGAUUUAAAGCUGAAAUAGAUUUUAACGGGCAGGUUGUUGUCCAAAACUAUCUGAAGAGAACUGGACGUGAAGAGUGGGCGAAACAGUUUCGCGAGGCUGCAAAGAAAGGAGAUGAUUCUGCAAUGCUCAAUAUUAUGUCAAACUACGGUGAGGAAGUUGUAACGGCUUUAGGAAGCGAAGUAGACCGGUUAGAGAAAGAGAUCCAAGAGCUUGUCCCUGGAAUCCAGCACGUUGACAUCGAAGCACACAAUCCCAUAGACCAAUCUCUAUUAUCUUAAAAAAAAAGAAUAAUUUGCUUUCUUCAAGGUUUGAGUUAUCGAUACAAUUAAUUGGCCUCAAGAAAUGCAAGUCACAAGUAUGGUUGCAGACUUGCAGUAAAAGCCUGGCCGCUUGGAGAAAUAGAAAGAGAGUUAUUUCAGUUGUCUGAUUGGCAAAACAUGCAUAUGGAUUCUUCUCUGUCACGUUUCUGAUAUAGUAGAAGUCUCAUGACUGUGACUUUAAAAUUCUAUGCCCUCAAACAAAAAAGGCUUGUUACUUGUAGAAACGUUUUGUGUAAUUCAGAUAGACAUUAU